AUGUCUGACUACACAUACCAACAUUUCAACGUCACAUUUCCGCCGGAACGUCAAUAUGUCGCCCACGUGGAGAUCAACCGCCCCGACAAAAUGAAUGCCUUCUUCGAAAGCAUGUGGCUGGAACUCUCUGCCAUCUUCACCCGCCUCUCCUCGGACUCCUCCGUUCGCGCCAUCGUCCUCUCCGGUGCCGGCGACCGCGCAUUCACCGCCGGCCUCGACGUCAAAGCCGCCUCCGAGGGCCUCCUCUCCGACACCAACGCCGCCAGCGAUCCCGCCCGCAAAGCUGCCCAAAUGCGGCGCCACAUUGACGAGUUGCAGGGAUGCAUCUCGUCUAUUGAAAAAUGCGAGAAACCAGUGAUCGUGGCCUACCACGGUAUCUCCUAUGGUCUCGCUGUUGACAUCGGUGUGGCCGCUGAUGUGCGGGUAUGCUCGGCGGAUGUCCGCUUUGCCGUGAAAGAAGUAGACAUUGGUCUGGCAGCAGAUGUCGGGACAUUGAGUCGGUUGCCCAAGGUGGUUGGGAAUUAUGGAUGGGUGAAAGAGGUGGCUUUGACGGCGAGGAACUUUGACGCGGAAGAAGCUCUACGCGUGGGAUACGUCAAUCGCGUAUUCAAGACUAAAGAGGAGACAGUCCGGGGCGCAUUGGAACUGGCACAGUUAAUAGGCACCAAGAGUCCCGUUGCGGUACAGGGGACCAAGGAAUUGCUGAAUUAUUCGAGGGAUCAUACCGUUCCGGAGGGACUGUGGUAUACGGCUGUCUGGAACAGCGCAAUGCUACAGACCAAGGAUGUCACUGCCGCGCUGCUGUCGGGCAUCCAGAAGAGAAAGCCGACGUUCGAGAAGUUGUAG